AUCCCUCUAAAAUUACCCUCUCUCUCUCUGUCUCUUUCUCCUUUCUUAUUACUACUUCAAAACUAGCUUAACCUGCGCACUUCAAACUGCCUAACCUGCGCCACCAACCUGAAAUAUGAAGCCGCCGUAUCAACAUACAUGAUCAUCCAACGGUUGAGAUUACACAUACUAACAAAUGGACGGUCAGAAAAGCAAACCGAAGCUUACAAGAACUCAAUCUUCACUUCUCCGAUCAUCUCUAACUAUCCGGUCAGCUGAUCAAGAACCGGACAUUGAAGAACAAAAACCCCAUAAAAAAACCGCCUCAACUCCGGUUCGACCGGUUAUAGUGGUUUCCUUGCUUUCUAUAUACACACUAGUGUUCUAUUUCUUCAACAUAUCCACGUCAAAAAAUCUGCUCUUAACACUAAUCUUCAUUGCAAUUUUACUCUACUUAGCCGGAAAAAACAAGACUACAAUUCAAAGGAGUUGUAAUAAGUUCAAGAGGAAACUUGGUUUAGUGUCAACUAAGAGUAAUAAAGUAAAAUGGUUCAUUGGAGAGCAAAGAAUAGACGUAGAAAAGAAGAAUGAAACAGUGAAAGAAGGAGUAGAGGUUUACAGUAAUGGAGAUUUAUAUGAAGGUGAAUUUCAUAAAGGGAAGUGUAAUGGAAGUGGGGUUUACACAUUUUUUAUGAAGGGUAGAUAUGAAGGUGAUUGGAUUAAUGGAAAGUAUGAUGGGUAUGGAAUAGAGAAUUGGGCUAGAGGUAGUAAAUAUAAAGGACAAUAUAGACAAGGAAUGAGAAAUGGUUAUGGAGUGUAUAAAUUUUAUACUGGAGAUAGUUAUGUUGGAGAAUGGUGUAAUGGACAGAGUCAUGGAAUUGGUGUACAGAGUUGCUCUGAUGGGAGUUGUUAUGUUGGGGGGUUUAAAUGUGGUGUUAAGCAUGGCCUUGGUUGUUACCAUUUCAGGAAUGGUGAUCGAUAUGCAGGGGAAUAUUUUGGAGACAAGAUUCAUGGUUUUGGUGUGUAUCACUUUGCCAAUGGGCAUUGCUAUGAAGGGUCAUGGCAUGAAGGUCGUAAGCAAGGUUAUGGAAUGUACACAUUUAGAAAUGGUGACACAAGGUGUGGUGAAUGGGCCUCUGGCAAUCUCAAUAUUCCUUUACCCCCACUUACUGAUGCUGUCAUUCGAGCCGUUCAGGCUAGUAGAAAGGCAGCAGAGAAUGCAAUCAACAUACGUAGGGUGGAUGAUCAAGUGAACAAGGCAGUAAUGGCAGCAAACAGAGCUGCCACUGCUGCCAGAGUUGCUGCUAUCAAAGCUGUACAAAACAGGAUGCAUGGAAAAUUUUGUGACACGAACAAUUAAAGUUCUUACAGGAGUAUUAAAGUUUGGUCAAUGUAAAUUUACUACUACUAGUAGUAUGCAAAAGUAUGAAUGAAUAUUCCAAAACCACCCUGGCUGGCAGAAUGCUUGCUGGAGGUUGAGUUUAAUGAUGUAACAAUCAAUUGACAGCAAUUGUAACUUGUAUAUAUAUACGCCUUUUCAAUCUAACAUGCACAUCAAUCAAUGUGAGCUUUU